AUGUUCGGCCGAGUAGCUGGAACUGCAGCGGUUGCCGGAUUCUCGUUCCUCCUCGGAAAGUACUCCAAUGAAGAUCUUCCGUUCGUUCGGAACAUUCAAUCGGCCACUAAUGUCCCUAUGGUUUCUCGAUAAACUUGAAUAUUUUGAAUCCAUUAAACGUCUUCAGAAUCCAGUUCAGUUGCCGGCCACGACGGAACCGACGGCCCUCAAGCCGGCAAAUCUGAAUGCGGACGCUCUGGGUCCGUCCCGUUCGGCCCAGAUAAUGGCUCAUGGCUACCCGGGAUUCACAAACGUGCGCACUUACGAAGACUUUGUACUCUCUUACGACUACAAAACAAAAACGGCGCAUUGGGUGAGAGAUGGGUACCGUCAAUGAGAAACGAAGGACCAUUGGUUGCAGGUGUGCGAGCAUCUGACGCCGGAUAGACUGAAGCGCGUCGACGGAGUCGAUCGGAAACUGUGCGAAUUCAAACCCGACACCACUUAUCCGCAAAAGUUCCUCUCCCAAAACUCGGAUUACUUCCGAUCUGGAUUCGAUCGCGGCCACUUGGCGGCCGCCGGAAACCACCGGAAAAGCCAGUUGGCCGUCGACCAGACGUUCUUCCUGAGCAACAUGAGCCCGCAAGUCGGCCGGGGAUUCAAUCGCGACAAGUGGAACGAUCUGGAAAUGCAUUGCAGGUGAGACAAGAGCUUGCAGGUGAGACAAGAACUCUCGUGAGAAUUGGAUUGUAGGAGAGUGGCGAAGAAAAUGCUGAAUACGUACAUCGUGACGGGUCCCUUGUACCUUCCAAAACACGUGGAAGGCGGAAAGAAGUACGUGAAGUACGAGGUGAUCGGAGACAACAACGUCGCCGUUCCGACCCAUUUCUUCAAAGUCGCUCUAUUUGAAGUGACGCCCGGCAAGUUCGAGUUGGAGUCGUACAUUCUGCCGAACGAGGUGCACUUUCCCUUUUUCGUUCACAACUGAUUCUCCCGUCUUCAGGUCAUUUCUGAUACUGUCGAAAUCUCCACAUUCCACGUGCCAUUGGACGCCGUCGAACGAAGCGCCGGAUUGGAAAUCUUUGCGAGACUCGAUCCAAAAGCGAUCGUCAAAGUGAACGGAGCGAAGAAGGGAGGACUGUUCUGGUGA